AUGGGUAAGGAUCAGGCCAACGUCAAGGGCUGCCGCUUCCGCGUGUCCGUCGCGCUGCCCGUCGGCGCGGUGGUAAACUGCGCGGACAACACCGGUGCCAAGAACCUGUACGUCAUCUCCGUGAAGGGCUACCACGGCCGUCUUAACCGUCUGCCGUCUGCUGCCCUGGGCGAUAUGGUGAUGUGCUCUGUGAAGAAGGGCAAGCCGGAGCUGCGCAAGAAGGUGCUGAACGCUGUGAUCAUCCGUCAGCGCAAGAGCUGGCGCCGCAAGGAUGGCACGGUGAUCUACUUCGAGGACAACGCUGGCGUGAUCGUGAACCCCAAGGGUGAAAUGAAGGGUUCCGGCAUUGCCGGCCCGGUGGCAAAGGAGUCUGCGGACCUGUGGCCCAAGAUCUCCACGCACGCCCCCGCCAUCGUCUAA